CCAAAGAAGAGAAAGAGCAAAAAGUCCAAUUUCUCGAAACUAAAAUCAAACAGUUAAAUCUAAAAGAAACCCUUAGAGAAAAACUUGACUCAGAAAUAAAAAAAAUUAAAAGAAUAGAAACAUUCUCUACUUGGUUUAACGAUAUAAAAAUACUUGAAAGUUUUCAAAAAGACUUAAAUAGUGAUUAUCCUGCUGCCGAAAUACUUAAUAAUAUUUACACCACCGACUUACCUUCACUAACUCAAAAUUAUGAAAACAUAGCAAAAAGCAAGAUAAGGGUACCUUCUCAAUCUAAUCUCGAUGACUAUAUCAAACCAUUAGAUAUUGUUAGAGUGGAUAGAAAAGGAGGCGCUUAUCAACAUGUGGCUAUUUAUUUAGGAAAUAGAAAGGUUGUCCACAUUAAUAAUCCAUUGGGAAAUGAGGCUGAAAUAGAAGUUCAUCAUCCUUUUAUUCCUUUCAAAAGACUGGAACUAACAAGAAAGCAUAUUGAGAUAGCAGAGAAGGCUAGAUAUGGUGAAGGUAUUUGUCAACAGAAGAAUAUUAAUACAGUUAAUAAAGUAGUGAAGAAUUCUAAUUACUUAUUGCAAGCUAUCCAGGAAAGUAAUCAAUUUUUUGAAAACCUAGAAAAAGAGCAACAACCCCAAAUCCAAAUCCACCCCAA